GGAAAGAGACACUGGGAGAGAGAGUGAGGAGAGUGUGACGCAUGCGCAAAGGCAGUUUCAGGCAGACGGCUGCAUAACCUCAAUCCUCCUGUUUGUUACCGCGCGGCGGAGCGGUUUUGUUUUUAUAUUCGAGUUUCCGAUCGCCCUACAUAACCUGAUUACAUGAAAGCCAAAAUUUGGAAUACUGUGUCACGAUAUCGAGAAGAAGACGACAUCAGGGAAGGAACUGCGCGUCGCUCGCGUGGAUUGGAGCGUUUUGAACCUCUCCAAAUGUUGACAUGGGCAAGAUCACCAACCGCCCCCAGGCUGACACAAGUAACUUGCCGUCUGGCUACAUCACCAAGGGUUCUCUGGUGCCAAUAGGACAAGACGCAUCGGUUGUCAAGGAAGAACAUUAUGGCCGGCAGUCUGGGCUGCCAGUGAAUCACAAUCCAGUAUCGUCAUACCGAGAAUUGCCGUAUUCGGAACUGAGUGAACUUGCAAGUGCACUUUGCGAGCAGUCCCACAGGAUGGAGUCUAAUCUCAGCACGCUCGAUUGUACCCUGGACACUACCAACCAGCAUGAGGACUCUGUGUCUUCUACUGUACGAGACAUUGCCCAGGAUAGUGGCAGUCUGCUGCAGGAGCCCAACUCAAUGCUGGUGCGCAUGCUUCACAUGACCGUAAAGGAGGAGCAAUCGUGGCUUGGUGCACUGGGGGGCAGCCCUUGCUCUGGCAGCCCCUCCUCCAGUCGGGCCAGUGCAAGCCCCCCGCCACAGUCCCCAUGCAGAGCCCUGGCAGGAGCCUCUCCUCUAGCUGUGUCUGAGGAAGCCACGCUCGGGGAUGCCCCGCAACCAUCCGAGACACCCUUGGCAUCGCGCUCGGGUCCAGAUUUUCACAAUCUACAGACUGCUUUGCGAGCAUUGAUCAAGGAGGUGACACAAGCCUCACCCCAGGAGCAGCAUUGCAGUCCUUCAAGCAUUUGUGGUGUUGCCAAGAGUCUCCUCUCAGCAGACUCUAGCUCAAACCGCUCUUCAGGGAUCUUUGCUCCACCUGUAUCAAUGGUGACCAAGGGGGGCAUCGCAAGGAGAGUAAACCAGGUUGCCAAGCGACCCACCCUGUACAUGUCCUUCCCUAGUCGGAGCCGUCGGGGGGAUGUAGAGUUGAAGAUACUUUCUCAGCCUGAAGAACAGCACCGGGCUCGUUACCUCACAGAGGGAAGCCGCGGAGCUGUGAAGGAUCGCACAGGCAUGGGCUUCCCGACUGUCAAGCUGACUGGACUGCAGGAACAAGUGAAGUUACAAGUGUUCAUUGGCACAGACCAAGGCAAAGUGCAGCCUCAUAUGUUUUAUCAGGCCAGCAGGGUGUGUGGAAAGAACUCUACACCAUGCCAAGAACGUCGCCUCGAUGGUACAACAGUUCUGGAAAUUGACAUGUUGCCAUCGAAAGACAUGACCGUCAGCUGUGACUGCGUUGGAAUCUUGAAGGAACGUAAUGUUGAUGUGGAGAAGCGCUUAGUUCGUUAUGGUGGUACACGCAACAAGAAACGCAGCACAAAGUGUCGCCUGGUGUUCCGUGUUGUGCUGCCUGCUCAGCGAGGACAGGACACCGGGGGCCUACCCUCUGAGAUUCUACAAGUUGCUUCAGCUCCCAUUUUGUGCACCCAGCCUCCUGGUAUCCCAGAAAUAUCAAAAAAGUCGUUGUCUGAAUGCUCAGUCAAGGGAGAAAUGGAGUUGUUCAUUAUCGGAAAAAAUUUUCUCAAAGAUACAAAAGUUUUGUUCAAGGAGCCUGCUUCUGAUAAUUUGGGAGACUGUGAGCCAAAUUAUGUAUGGGAAAAGUGUGUUGCUCCAGAAAAGGAAUAUUUGCAACCGACUCAUCUGAUUUGCCGUGUGCCCGCCUACAGAAACCAGGAUGUGGGGCACCCUGUGGUGGUGCAUUUGGUGGUGACCAGUGGGGGAAGGGCUAGUGAGCCCCACCCAUUCGCCUUUUUGCCCCUGUCAGGCGGAGGCCAAAUAUCUGCGGGUCCAUUGAGCGCCUCAAAGGCAAAAUCAAAUGGUAAUGCUACAACUGUGUCAGGCCUGGAAUUGAAGCCACAGCCCUUUGGAAGUUCACAGAGUGCACAGCUUCCUACCAUAAUUCAGAUUCCACUGCUGACGGGGACGUCGCCACGGGCACAGCGUCACCCUGUUCAGACACUGGUCAUCCCAACUACAACUAUCUCCUUGUCACCUGCAUCAGCUUCUGGCCCAGAGUCUCAGUCCAAGCCAGGCAACGGCAGUGGUGCAGCAGCUUCAGCCCCUAACAACAUUCAGUUUGUGGUGGUGCAGCAGCCAGCACAGCCAACCCAGCCACAGGCACAACAACAGCAGCAGCAGCAGCCACAGCAGCAGCAGCAGCAGUCACAGCAACAGCAGCAGUCAGCAGCACCUGCCACAUUGAGCCUGGUAGUUUCAUCAGCUCCUCAGCAGGCACUGCUCAAGACUGUCACUGAUGACACAAGCCCAGCUGAGUCAUGCCACCUUAAGCGCAAGAUUUCUCAUGCUCCCGAAGGGGCUCCCGACAAGUGUGCGGCAAACUAUGAAUUGCCAGGAGAGGAACCCUUGAAGGCCUCGGAUGAGCAGCAGCUGGGAAACCUCGGUCUGUUCUACUCGGACCAGAGCAUGCUGCCUCCUUGCAGUGUAGAGCAACUUAUGGGAGUGACGUCAGAGACAGUCACCCCUGCCCACACAGCCGCUGCAUCGGCCACGUUCGAGUGCGAGAGCCAGUGGAGUGCCCUGACUACAGCACACCAAAACCAAACUGAGAAUGCUGCCAAGCCUUUGUGGGGACAGAUGAACUGCGAGCCGGCCCCAACGGAGCCAGACCUUGAGGGUCGGCCAGCUGAGAUGCAGCCCUUGGAGAACACUUCAGCGUCCUUUACAGACGAGCAGCAGUUCAAGAAACAGAAGGUGAAGGAUGCUCCAGUGCUGUCUUUGUCGAGCUGGCCUGCCAAUAGCCUGGAGCAGCAGGUCCAGAGUAUGGAUUUCACCUGCACAGGAGUGAAGACAGAGGUUGCCUCCAACUGGCCAGACUCUCUGAAUGGUAUGCUGAGCCAGUCUGAGCCCAAGGUGCCUGUUGUGUUUGGUGACAAAGUGAUUAUGGAUCCAGGCCCAGUGGGUGUGAGCUCAGCACCAAGUGCCCAGUUUUCUGUGACGGGCACCUUCGAUGGCAACCCUCAGUGCCAGGACAGUAUGGCUGCUGGUGCAUUUGGCAUGACUUCUUUUGAGGCUGCAGCACAGCCAGUCAGCCAGCCACAAACCCUUGUUGUGGAGACUAGCUUGAGUGGUGUCUCCAGGGAUCAAGCACCACAGUCAGCUCAGCAAGCACAGUCCCAAGCUCAAGGGCCAAACAUGGACCACAUCUCGGCAAUGUCCAUGCUUCCAGAGUCUGAACUACUGCGCAUGAUCAACCCCAAUGCAUUUGACAAUGUUUGAAGAACAUCCGACUCAACAAUGGAGGUACUUGGACACUAUCAGCGUGUAGCAUUUUGCCUCAUCUCACUGUCUCCUGAACAUCACUUUCUUUGACCACAGCCUUGCAGAGCUCGCAUGAAGUUGCAAGGCUGUUCAGCAGUACUACUUAGGUGCAUGAUGGGCAUGUAGUCUGGUGCAUAGACACAGUGCGCUGCUUAGGAGAGGCAGAGGUAUAUGGCCACCUUUGUAAGGUGAAGACUGCGAAUAGGAUAUGGUUAUAACCCAUAUUCAGAGCAGUGGGAAGUGCGACGACGUCACCUGUCUAGCAUCGGAAUGUCUUGGUUCUUGCCAUCCGGAGUGCUAGCCGGACACAACAAAUCAAGAUUUCACGAAAUUAAUUUCUUACACUUCUUACGUGUGUAUUUGUUCACAACAGUUACAUCACGGACUGUGCUGUGUUUGCCACAUAUCUUCACAACAAAUAUACCCGUUUUUAAAUCAUGGGUCAUUUCAGUAAAGCACAGCUAAAAGUGGGCACAGCUAAAUCAAGGUGGGCUUUGUGGCUCAUCUGGUUCAUUGUAAAUUAAUGCCGUUUUUGACACAGCUUUCCGAAAAAAUUUGUAGUUCGUGCAUGCCUCGUGCCAAUCUCACAAGACACUGUCAACUUCUGAGUUGACAGUAGCCCUGUGGUUCCCAGCCAAAUGCACUGGCUGUGGGGUAGCGCAGUUGUGUGUCACACAGAGCAAAAAUUGUGCUUUUUUUGCAGUUUUGUUACGUGUGGUGUUUGUGUUUUGAGCUUGUGCAGCUAUAAGUGAUAGAUCGAUAGUCGAAAGCAUUGAGUUGUUGCCACACUGUCAGCUCUUCAGACCCCCUUACAUGAUAAAUGAGCUUUUACUUGCACGGUCCUGCAGGUUUACUGCAGUUUGUGUUUGUCAUGCCCUGUGGUGAAAAAUGUGUGUAGUACCGUUAUGAUCCAUAUAGCAUAUAUAUGCAUGCAUGCACACUCGUAUAGAAAUGUGGCAUGAAUGGGUGGACUGGCGCAUUAUUCUCGUACAAAACGCCGAAGGCUGACAGAGAGCGUACAAACCGCAUUUUUUUAAUCCGACGCGGCACAUUUAUAACAUAUUUACAAACCAGAAUAUAACAUUGCUGUAUAGAUACAAACCUGGUUACUAGAUUGUAUGUAAUAUUCUUAUUACUGCCUGCUUUGCAGGCUCUCUCUGUUCGGUGUGUGCCAGAUUAGUCACUUAGAAGGGGAAAUGCUGUGUUUGUUGGCCCUUCACUGAAAUAUUUCUGCCACCAGGCCUUCUUUGUCAACUUUUUAAAACAAAGCAUUGUUAUUUAUCUUUUGGACACUUCAAAGUUAAGGAAUGACACGGUGUGUGCUAUUUUGUUGCCACUCCUUAAUUUCUGUGUGUGUUUGCAAAACUGCAGGCUUUCUCGCUUAUCUGCUGCACUUUGUUCAAGGGCAGUUUUUCUGAUAUCUUCCGUUGUAGGGAGCUUAUUUGCCACUUGUCUCAUUUUCGGGAGACUUGCUGUUGCCCCAUGUGAUAUGCACCAAGCUCCAUGAUAAGUACAACUGUUCAUUUUAUUUUCGUGAAAGCACAUGUUUCAUUUUUUCUUUUUUUUUUCUUUUUUUUGCCCCAUGGUGCUUUAGUACAUUCAGAAUUGUACCCUAAGUAAUGGUCUGUGUUGACAUUGAGUGGCUCUCACUGGUGCUCUUAUAAGAUUCAUUAGGAGAAACAGCUAAACCACAAUUCUGAAAGCUUGUACAAAGUGACCAUGAUUUUGGGCUUUAGUUAACUUUCUGCAGUCUCCAUAAGCUGCAGAAAGAAUAAUUAUGCCUAUGGUAUAUGCAUACUAACCACACUGAACUACCAUUGACAAAUCCCUUAUGCUUUCACACUUUUAAAAAUGAACUAUUUAUUUGUGGUUAAUAGGUAUUGGUCCAUGUCACAUGGGGCAUCCUGUGUGUAUGUGUGUUUUAAAAUGUCAUAUUAAUUUGCAUGACAAAGUAACCAAAAUGGAUUUGCAGUUAAUAGUUCGUGCAGUGCUGUUAUAUAAUGCAAACAGUAAAUGUUAUUAGCUUCUAUAGUGUGCAAGUUUCAUGUGUGGCAGACCUGUCUUACAUAUGGCUGCAUUUGAAUUUUAGUGAUCCCCAAGAAGAAAUAUAAUUGGUAAGCAUUCAAUACCUUACUUUUGAUUAUCACACAGAAAACACUGAUUUUCAAAUCAAAGGAAGUUUUUAUCACAUACAAAACUUUCUGCCAGCUUUGGUAUCGUACAGUUAAUGGAUGUGUUGUUUGCUAUGUACACACGUACACACACCUGUACUUUGCAUUCAUACGUAAUUCAGUGAGGCACGCAUGACCCACAAUAGAGGCACUCAUUGUAUAACUAGUGAAUCACCUUUACUGCCGUCAUAAUGGUUACUGUUAAUAGCUGGAUUAUUUUGCCAGUUACUGAAGAGGAGUCAUAGCACAACAUUUUAGCUUGUGCUACACCUUUUCUUUUUCCAAAAUUAAGAAAUGGUGGUAAAUAUUACAUUUACUGCUGUAUGCAUAACACUGCUGACCAGGUUGUAUGCUUUCUAAGCUAAUCAUAAAAAUAUGCUGUCUUAUACAUUAUCUAAAUUCUUCAUUGGUCUAAAUGCUUUGACAUGUGCAGCCCAAUUUUUUUCAGCUGGCAACUGUGUCAUAGGUCCAAUGGAUGUAAUCAGGUGUACACUUUGGCAACUGCCGGACAUUUAUCAGCGUUGUUGUUGCUGUACUUGCAUUCAGAAGCAUUGUGUAUGAUGUCACUUGUGCAAUAAUCUGUACUGUAUAUAUAAAAUG